CUCAAUGCGUCUUUCUCUCUUCCUGUGUCACCGCCCUUGGGCUGAGGAAGAAAUCCACAACCGGAGUCACUGGGAAGAACUCGAACCCUUGGACCGAUUGGACUCACUUUGUUCUCAGGCCUAACCCUAACCCGGACCUGGACCUGGACCCUGACCCUGGUUUGGAGCCUGGACACCAGUGUUGUGACUGGUCUGCUGCUAAAGAAGCUACAGUGGACACUAGGGGUAUUCUUGCCAGUACACACCUCUAGUCGACACCAUGGCCUUGUCUUACAAGAAGGACCUGGACAAAUACAAGGAUCUGGACGAAGAUGAAAUCCUCAACAAACUGUCGGCAGAGGAGCUCAAACAGCUGGAGACGGCUCUGGAGGAGAUGGACCCUGAGAAUGCCCUUCUUCCAGCGGGCCUGCGUCAGAAGGACCAGACAGUGAAGGUGGCAACGGGGCCAUUUGACCGUGAACGCCUCCUCAAAUACCUGGAGAAAGAAGCCAUGGAGUACAAGGACCGAGAGGAUUACAUCCCAUUCACUGGAGAGAAAAAAGGUAAAGUAUUUGUUCCAAAGCAGAAACCAAUAGAAACACAUCAGGAGGAUGUCACAACUCUGGACCCGGAACUAGAAGAAGCCCUGUCCAGUGCAACGGACACCGAACUAUGUGAUCUGGCAGCCAUCCUGGGAGUCCAUACCCUGGUCACCAGUACUCAGACAUAUGCAGGAACUGGACCUACAGAGGGUUACAACAAUGUCAUCAAAGGGGAGAAGAUGAAUCCAGUGUUCGAUGAACCUCCUAACCCCACCAAUGUAGAAGAAACUCUGCAGAGGAUCAAAAACAACGACAGCUCUUUAAUAGAGGUCAACCUCAACAACAUUAAGAACAUUCCUAUUCCCACACUCAAAGACUUUGCCAAAGCCAUGGAGAAGAACAUCCAUGUGAAGAAAUUCAGCAUGGCAGCAACACGGAGCAACGACCCUGUGGCUGUGGCGUUCAGUGAAAUGCUCCGAGAAAACAAGACACUGAGAUCCUUGAACCUGGAGUCCAACUUCAUCACUGGGGCUGGAGUCCAGGCUCUGGUGGACGCCCUGAGAGACAACGAAACCCUGACAGAGAUUAAGAUCGACAACCAGAGACAACAGCUGGGAACAACAGUAGAGAUGGAGAUCGCCAAGAUGUUAGAGGAGAACCACAGCAUCGUGAAGUUCAGCUACCACUUCAGCCAACAGGGACCAAGGAGCAGAGCAGCAGCAGCAAUCACCAAGAACAAUGACCUGGUCCGCAGGAAGCGAGUGGAAGGCGACCUUUAGGGGCGGAGUCUGUUGUGUCCCAUGGCCAAUCGUGUUGUUUCAUCUCACCAUGAGGAUUCAUCUCACUGUGGAAACUUGUGCCAAACUGGAGCGAGGCACUGGUGACCAGAACCAACAUCUGAACCAACUGGACCGAAUAUCUGAGAAGAACAGAACCAACUGGAACCAACAUCUGAGAAGAAGGAACCAACUGGAACCAACUGGACCAGCCCUCUGCUUCAGACUCAGCUUUAGUCUGGUUCUGGUUCUGGUUCUGUUCGACCUCUACAUCUGUUUAGUUUUUUUUAGUCCUUUCCUUUCAGGCGCUCCUCCUCCUUUUUUUCAGUUAUGCUCACCUGUCCAGACUUUUGUCCCUUUGUUUUUUCUUCUGUUGGAUUCAUGUGAAAUAAAUGGAACAUCACCGACGAUAAACAGCUUUAAGAACAAGAACCAACAUUCACUAAACCUCUGAUAUAACACUCCAGUUUUGACCCUAACCCCUUGAACCCUAACCCCCCUAACCCUAACCACACUUCAGUUUAUACCCUACACCCUCUAACCCUAAAACCCUAACCCCUCUAACCCUAACCACAGUUCAGUUUAUACCCUAACCCCUCUAACCCUAACCCCCCCAACCCUAACCACAGCUCAGUUUAUACCCUACACCCUCUAACCCUUACCCCCCCCCAACCCUAACCCCUCUAACCCUGACUACAGUUCAGUUUAUACCCUACACCCUCUAACCCUAACCCCCCCCCCAACCCUAACCCCUCUAACCCUAAUCACAGUUCAGUUUAUACCCUAACCCCCUUGAACCCUAACCCCUCAGACCCUAACCCAGUUUAUCUCCACCUCUAGCCCAAACCCUGUCCCAUGGUUCAGUCUGUCAGACCUGUUGUCCAUGUGUUCGUCUGUGGGCUGGUGUUUGUAAUGAAGCUGCCUUGUAACACUAGUGUGUGUGUGUGUGUGUGUGUGUGUGUGUGUGUGUGUGUGUGUGUGUGUGUGUGUGUGUGUGUGUGUGUGAGAGAGAGAGAGAGAUGGGCUCAUGCUACAUAUUGAACAUUCUUAACUCUUGCCUGUUUUCACUGAACUUGUGUUUCUGCUUCAUGUCCUAACAUUGAUCUCAACAGAUAAUCAGGAUGAAAUUAUAAAACUAGGCAACAGGAUGUUAUUGUGCAGAUGAUCAUGGAACAAUAUAUGAACUAAAUUCACAUCGUUAUGUUCUGUUCAUCCUGGGGAUGAAGAAUUCAAAUUCCACUCAUUCUGGAUUUGAUCUAUGUUUCUAUUGGUUCGUUAGUUUCAUUCAUUUGAUUAAAUACAAAUGAACAAAGUAAGCACUAAAUCAAAAUGUUAGACUAUGAAUGUUUGGUCUUCUGUCUAAUUUUGAAUUAUUUCUUUUGUUCCGUUUUCAUUUUGUUCUGUUUUUUUCCCCCUUGUUUUCAUUUUGUUGUUUUUUUCCCCUUGUUUUCAUUUUGUUAUCAUUUUUGCCGCCUUGUGUCUUUUACAGAUUUGAUUUAGAAAUAAUGAUUUGAACAUAAUUAUCAGCAGAUAAAUUUAUUAUUGUGAUAACAUUUUCCUCUGUACAUAUGUUAAGAUUAGGGUACAGGGUUAGGGUAAAGGGUGUAGAGUUAGGGUAAGGGUCAGGGUAAAGGGUAAAGGCUGUAAGGUAAGGGUUAGGGUUAAGGUAAGGGUCAGGGUUAAGGUAAGGGUCAGGGUAAAAGCUGUAUACACUGUACUGUUGAAGCUACACAUUCCUUGUUCUUUUAAUGAUGUUUGUCUGAACAAACUGGAGGCCUGUGAAGUUCAACCAGGUCCAAGACUAACACAGGUCCUGCAGUCACUCUGACCCCACCCCGACUCUUACAUCAGGUUUCUGUGGACCACCAUCCCUGACUGUGUUAUAUUCUGUUGAUCCUUCUUCUGUGGCUGAACUUUGCCUUUUCUGUCUGUGUUUCUCCUUUUUCCUCCUGGGUUUUCUAUUUUUCUUUUUUCUUCUAUUAAUCCUAACCCUACCUCCUGGGUUUUUCUUUUCUUUUGUGCUUUUUGCUGGUGGAUAAAAUGGCUCAGCCUUGUUCAUAUUCUGUGAUUCAUAAACUGUAUAUUAACUGUAAAACUCCAUCUCAAAUUCUAAAUGCACAUGCACACAUUUGUGUGUUCUAUAUAAAUCUGCACAACUCACUGCUGAUAUUUGUUUUGUGUUUUUUUUUUUUUUUUUUUUUUUACCUUGAAUUCCAAGUGUCAGCUCAACAAAAGGAACAGAUACUUUUGGGACAAACCAUGAGACUGGUUCAAUACUGAUACGAAACAUCCUGAACAAUAAAUGUUUGUACCUCUG